AUGUUCAAGCUAUCUCCUCGAAGGAACUCGAGAUCUAAAGGUUUCAAGGUAAAACAUGCUUUACAGCUAUUUCUUUUGGCGGGUGUCUGCAUCUGGCUAGCUUACCAAGUCAAGCAGUCUCAUGGUAAGAAAGCAGAAUUCAGGCAAAGCAUAAAAGAUGGGGAUCAAAUUGUUAAGUUAGGAAGAAAGGACCUCAAGCCUCUUGUGGAGGAAAGUGUCAAUAACAAUGCAAGGGAAAAGGAGGAGGAAGAAGAAAACAAGCCUGAAGAGAUUGAUAAUGUAGGGAGAGGCACUGGAGACGAUGGGAUAAGUGAAAAUGAUGAAAAUAAAAUUGAAGAAAGAACAGAUGAUAAUGGUGUUUCAGUAGAAGAAGAAAGGGACACGAGCAAGGAGAACGAAAAUGAAGAGAGCAAAGAGAAUGAAGACAAUAAAGCCAAGGAGAGUGAGGAAAGCAGUGAGAAGGAAACUGAAGAGACCAAAGAGAAGGAGAAUGUAGAGACCAAUGAGAAAGAAAGUGAACAGAAGGAGCAUGAAGAGACCAAUGAGAAAGAACGUGAACAGAAGGAGCAUGAAGAGACCAAUGAGAAAGAAAGUGAACAGAAGGAGCAUGAAGAGACCAAAGAGAAAGAAGGUGAACAGAAGGAGAAUGAGAUCAAAGAGAAAGAAGGUGAACAGAAGGAGAAUGAAGUGACCAAAGAGAAAGAAGGUGAACAGAAGGAGAAUGAGGAGAACAAAGAGAAAGAAGGUGAACAGAAGGAGAGCGAAGAGACCAAAGAGAAAGAAAGUGAACAGAAGGAUAAUGAAGAGACCAAAGAGGAGGGAAGUGAGGAGAAAGGAACAUCAGUGGAGAGUCAGGGAGUGGAUAAUAAAGAGGGGGAAGAACACAUUGAGACAGAUAAUAAAGAAAACGAGGCUGAAGAGAAGGAAGGUGAUAAGAUUGAGCAACUAAUUUUAUCUGAUGAUCGGGUUCGAGAUGGAGGUGAAAAAAAUGAUGAGGGGGCAAGAGAAGAGCCUUACAAGGCUGAUGAUGCUUCCAGUGCUGUGGCCCAUGAAACUCAGAAUGCGACAGCAAAUAACGGACAAGAUGGUGGUAACAAGAGUAAUCACUCAGAACCAGAGAAUGGUUCCACGCCCAACUCAACUGAGCAGGAGAAAGUCGAUGCUAAGAAAGAGGACUCUGCACAGCAAAAUGUUGUAUUAGAGCAACCAGAGAAAUCUGAUGUACCUGCCAAAAGCGAGCAACAAGACUCUAGCACCACAGCUUCCACUAAAACUGAGAAUGGAGAGGCAACUAAGGGAGUAUCUACAGAUACUUCUAGUAAUUCUGAAUCUGUUGUGUCGGAGAGUCAGAUUGUCCACUCCAAUACAUCUACAGAAACAGAAAAUAGUUAUGCACCUUUAGCCAUGAGCAUUGUUCAGACUCAGAAGUUCAGCAGUGACACUGAGGUAGAAGGGACACAGGAAAGUACACUAUCUCAAAAAACAAACGACAAUGAAGAUGGUGGCCAAAAGCAAGAAGCUGAUUCUUCUAAUCCUUCAUUCCAACAAGAGAAAUAUGCACCCCCAAACGCAGAUAACAAAUCUGAUGCAGGCCAGACCGUAAAUGACAGUGCUGUUCCAAACAACAUGAAUGAAAAUGCAAAUGGCAACGACAACACAGAUGCAGGCCAGAAGGAAUCAGUUGACUCUUCUCAUUCUUCUGAUUCUUCAGUAUCCCAAGACAAAGAGGAGUCUUUAAACACAAAUAAUAAUGUGGAGGCUGGACAGAAUGAGAAUGAGAAUGUUCUUCAAAGCAAGACCGAAGACAAUGCAGAUGUAGGCCAAAAGGAAAAUGAAGGUGCAGGCGGAGAAGAAUCUGGUAAUGCGCAGAAGGAGAGUGAAGAUUCCUCGAACACGGACGAAAAUACUAAUGAGAGCCAGAAUGUUACGGUUGAUUCUUCACAUUCUUCGAUCCUUGAAGAAGAGAACGAGGCUCGUAUAGACCUGGAAACUCUGCCAGAAAGCAAAAUUGAAACUCAUACCAAUGAUGAUACGGCUGUAGAGUAG